UAAGAGAUAACCAAGCAAAUUUGUACAGAAAUAAACGGGUGACCAAUGACAAACGUGACGUACUCUCGGUAGUAAAAGGCCGAGAAAUAACUUAAAUAUGAAGAAUGCGAUCCCAUCGUAGAAGCGUACAGAUAGUGCACAGUGAUAUAACAAUAAAGAAAACAACUAGCAAGUCGACAACACACAAAAAUUUAUCGGCUCGGAUUCACGGUGAUGAAGUUGCUUAGCGGCAGCCACCGGGAGCGGAGCACAGAGCGAGAAAUCCGUGUGCUCGAGGUUCUGCUUUAGUUGGGGACUGGCAACCUUGUAUACACAGAGUUAUUCGAACACUGUUUCUAAGUUAAGUUUUGGAGAAAAUAGCUUGUAAGGCGAAACACGAUAAGGCUACGGACGUUGUUGAAUUCACUGAUUGCGUGUGCUAAUACAGCCGGGUCCGGAUCGAAUUCGGUGAGAACGAGAGAGGUGUACAUCACACGCAUGUAUCGAUUCAGGAUUUCUAGGGUUUCUUGGAGUGCGACAGGGAUGCGUUCAUACCCGCAUGCAGCUAUAAGUGGUGCAGGUUAUGCUGAUCUUCCUCCAUGGGAUUUGUACAUGUCUCUUUUUGCUUCAUACUUUCCUUGUCGUUUAGGCGUUCUUCAUUUUACGUAAUAAGACAACAGUUCCCGCUUGUCAUCGUGCUAACUCGCUCUAGUAUCCUUCAUUCAGUUCACUGAAGGGAUAAUUUCAUCGAUACCAGGCCCAUGAACAAGUAAUUUCUAACGGUCAUCAAGCUUCAGGAACCAAUAAAGCUGGUUAGUGGACUGUAAUGUGGGGCCCAGUCUCAGGAAUAUUAGCCACCAUUCAACAUUGAUCCACUAUCGAUCGACGUACCAUUUGAACCCUCGGCCAAUUUCUAAUACUCCGUCAGAAUCUAACCCAGCCCUUUGUUGUCUAACCUUUACUACGAUCAUGGAAGAAGAACAUCCUGCAUUAUGUCCACAGUGGGAAUCUACGCUUGGCUUGAGAUACCUGAAUCUCAAACGAAACACCUGUCAAUGUAUUGUACUUAUCUAUUACAACCUGGAUCAAGUGGCAUUUGGCAAGUUCCGAAAUACCUUCAUUGCAAACAACCCCAUUUUACGAGCAUAUGGUAAUGGGGAAUUCUUGGGUUUGGCCAAAGAAAUUUGUUGCGUGGAAGGUGUUUUUCCCAAAAAUCAGAAUAUUGGACUUCUGCUGUUCGAUCAUGUGGACGAGGCCUCAAAAUGCAUAGAUUCCAAACCUGAACUGCGUGAACCCCAUCACUACGGUGGACACGAUUUGUUUAUAGUACCUUUGUGCAGUCCGGCUCAAUCUUGGCCCGGCUACCGAUUCAUCCAACUGGAUAUUUAUGAGCCAAAGAAUUCCGCCGUAUUCACCAAAUACAUGAACCAAUUGGUACCUCUGAUCAUGCGUCAUGGAGGUCACGUUAUUGCGGGCACCACGCAGACCGGCCACUUUAUGGGGCUCCGCCGUCCAACUUUCCUUUUCAUUGUGCAGUGGCGUAGCCGAGAAGCAUUUUUCGCCUGCAAUGCUGAAGUCACCCCAUUGCAGCGAGAGUCAGGCGCAUCGUGUUCGUCGAGAAUCUUAUUCGAACUGGAAACGCAGAAGUUUAAUUGGUGCUGACAAAAUUUUAUGACACUUUGGAUGCAUUUGGGACCUGGGUUGAUCUUAUCGCUUCAACGAGGGCGCAUCAAAUGAUAGCGUACGACUGCGAAUUGCAGUCGGGUUCCACAUUAUUUUUUCAACUCAUUUGGAGUGUACGCACCAAUAAAAUGGUCUGACGUA